UUGUUCUAGUUUGGAAGACAACGAACAACGAUGAGUUCAGAUAUUGACCCUGAUUAUUCCACCCGCCGUCUGCGGCAAAGACAAACUAAGAAAGGCGAAUCUAAUGACGAUAAUGUUGCCAAUGAAUCAGAGAAGAACAAGCGAAGAGGAAAGAAAAGAGGUCCACAUUACGGGAAAAAUAGUGCUUAUGAUGAAUAUGGGAUUAUUCGCUACAAUGGAUUAGAUAUCUGCGACUGCAUGAGCGCAAAGUGUGAUGGAUGCUGGUACGAAUGUCAAAGUUGUGGCUCUACCAGGUGCGGUCCAACCUGUAGAGCUAAUCGAAAGUUUUUCUACGAAGGAAUUAACUACGACGGAAAGGACUUAUCCAUAACUAAUCAAUUCCUUCCGAAAUGAACUGAACUAGUUUUAAAGCAGCUAUGUACGUAUGUAUGUACAUGACGCUGUUAAACUAAAUCAUGAGCUAAGUUACAUACAUAUGUACCACUGUUUUUAAAUACACAUUUUUAUGUAAAUUUGAUUCUAUAAAAAACAACAACGGAUCAACGUAUUCGCAUCCUAGCGGUAAAGAUUUGGAACUACUGGUUGUUGGAAAAUAUUAUAUUUCUUAAACAAAA